AUGCUCAGAAACCUUGUUUAUAAGCGAGGCGGCAUUGCAUCAUGCACGCCGCUCAGAACAAAAGCUCCAACUGAGGCUCGGUUGUCUUCAACGGCCUCCAACGCCCAACCACCCAAGACAAAGUUCUACAUGCCGCCAGAAUGGGCCAAGCACUCUCAAACCAUUACCGUGUGGCCUGAUUUUGCCUCCAUUCCGGACGAAGCCAUUCUGCGCGACGCACGUUCAGAAAUCUCUGCCAUUUCAAAUGCCAUUGCGCGCUUCGAACCCGUCACCAUGUACACCAAGCCCCAAAACGUGGACAAAGCCAGAGACACAGUAUCCGAAAAUGUCACGGUUCAUCCGCUGGAGGCGAGUCAGCUCUGGGUUCGCGACACGGGACCCAUCAUCGUCAAGAACCUCUUUGAUGAUUCCCGAGCGGGCCUCAGUCUAAGCUUCAACUACUGGGGCGACAAGCUUGAGAGCCAAGGUGAUGAAGAAGUUGCAUCGGGUAUCUUGAACGACAUGGGCGUUGAUGUUUUCACUGCUGGCUUCCGUGCUGAAGGAGGCGGGUUCGAAGUUGACGGCCAAGGAACGCUUCUCGCCACCGAAAGUGCCAUUAUCAACCCGAAUCGAAAUCCCGGCAUGUCAAAGAGUGACAUUGAGGCGCAGUUCAAGGAGUAUCUUGGCAUCGACAAGACAAUCUGGCUUCGUGGAGUCAAGGGCUACGAGAUGACCGACUACCACAUUGACGCGUUGGCCAGAUUCAUCUCGCCUGGCAAGGUGUUAUUGGGCCGCAUGCCAGAAACUGCUGACAAGGUCCUUGUGGAAGCGUACCAGGAAGCAAGGGAAACGCUGGAAGGCGCAACAGACGCCUUUGGAAAUCGGAUCGAAAUCAUCGAGGUUGCCGAACCUCAUCCUAAAGACCUGCGUGGCGAGCACUUUUUCGAAACUGUUGCUUCUUAUGCCAAUUAUCUUUUGGUAAAUGGCGGCAUCAUCAUUCCUCGCUUUGGUGUUGGACAGGCAGAUGAUGAUGCGCUGGAGCUGUUCAAGAAAUGUUUCCCGGACCGCGAGGUUGUCCAGGUUGAUAUCAACACGGUUCCAAAGCUGGGCGGGGGUAUUCACUGCUCAACACAGCAGGUUCCGUUGAUAUAA